AUGAAGCCUGUAGAACCAUCAUCGAAACGAAGAUGGAGUAGGCAUCGUAAGGAGAUGUGUAUCGUUUCCAAAAGACUGGAAACAUUCAAGAAAAUCUCAUGGUCGCUUAGUUCGCCGAAUCCAGAACAACUUUCUGCCGUUGGUUUCUACUAUAAUCCGAUACAGAAGCCCCAACAGAGGAUCGACAAUGUGACAUGCUUCAUGUGUUCAAAGUCGUUUUACGACUGGGAAGAAAACGAUGACCCCUUAAAAGAGCACAUAACGCACAGUCCUAGUUGUCCGUGGGCUUAUGUUUUGUCAGCUCGCAAUAAUCCUCAUCAGGAUCCAAAAGCUCCUUCUUUAACGAAAUGUAGAGAAUUGACGUUUGUUGAUAAAGUAUGGCCAUACAUCAGUCGUUCAGACUUUCAUUGCCAGCCAAAUACAAUGGCCACCGCUGGCUUUGUGUUUACCCCCAGUACAGACUCGAAGGAUGCAGCGCAUUGCCUGUACUGUAAUAUUGACCUUCACGACUGGGAAUCGGAUGACGAUCCUUUUAAAGAGCAUCAGCGUCGUCGUCCCGAUUGUUUAUUUUUUACGUGGAAAGACCCUACCGCUCUAUCUCCAACCAAGCUUUCCCUGCUUUCUUCGUCAAAUGUUGAUUUUGACGAUGUUUCUUUAUCUGAACUUGUUUCCAAUUCAUCGGAAAAAAAUCACUUCAAAACGACAAACGAGCCAAAACCUACUCCUCGGAGGAGGAUUUCUUCUCUAAGUCAAUCUCAUCCCUUUUCUUUGUAUUCAAAUACUAAACAUGAUUCUUCUCUCGUACAAUCUGAACAUCAUAGCUCAUCACCAUCAAAACCUGCUGUGAUUACUUCUCCUAAAAGGAGAGGGAAACAAGUGAAUAAAAAAUCGAAAGACGCAGUUUUCAAGCCCGCUAGGCCUAUUUUCUCUGACGAAGAUGAGGAUGAUCAGCCCGAUUUCAGGUCAAGCCCUCCCAAAUAUCCCUCAAACACUCCCAAAAAGUUUAACCGGGAACAAGAAUAUCCAUCUUAUAUGAAUGGCUCCCAUAUUCCUUUCAACCAUACCUUACCCCCUUCAACUCCUCCUUCUCCUAAUAGAACCGAUGAAAGUUACCAUUCAAUUCAUUCUCCUAUGGCUACUAAUCUACCGCCUAUCCAAGAAGAUGCUGGAGAAUUAAAUAGCAAAGAGAACUCCGUGAAUUAUUCCACUAAUACCGAACCUAAGGAUGCUCCCUCAAUGAGAUUUUCAAACACCACAUUUUCUACUGAACCGAUCGCUAAUUUCAAACCCCCUGAAGGAAGCCCUCAUGUGUCUAAAAAAAGAAAAUCGUCGGAAACAGAAAAUGCUCCUAAUCAGCAGCAAAUGGAUGUUGCACCAGAAUCUACCCUUCCAACUGCUAAAAGACAGCUUUCUUCUGAAUACCUCACACUUAAUGACCCAAAAAACCAACCGGCUUCUAGUGAAUCUGAAUUAGAAGCCUUUUCUGCGGAAACAAGUAUAUUUGAAGACUUUCCUCAGAAUCCUUCGUUUGAUAAGCAUGGAUCUUCCUUUAUGACUAAUGACGAUGAACCUUUAGCUGGAUUACUUGAGUCUACGAAGCUUACACUAGAGAAAAAAGAUGAAUCAUCAAAUAAAAUCGAAAACAAGAGUGAAAAGCCUCCUGUUUCGUCUUCGAGAGAUAAUUCAUCAUCCUCCAGUUUUGAGGCUGUACAUACUCCAACCUCAGAUUUUGGUAGAGAGUCUGUCAUUGAAUCAGAUACUCUGACUGCCUCCUCAAUCACUCCUCCCAGAGACGCAACUUCAAAAAACAAUGACAGCGGAAUACUAAAUGCAAGUUUAAUGAUAAAUUCGUCUCCCAAGCAUAAUGUUCGUGAACGAAGUUCUAGCGGAACGAAAACCUUAAGCAAUAAAGGAGAUUACCAUGACUCUAAGCCGCUUCAAAAUCUGACAAAUAUAGAGAGAACCGCAUUAAAGCGUCCAUCAACUGUUUCGAAGAACUCAUCAAUAAGUGAAGGCACAGCUUUACCGGACUCUCAAACCGAGGCUUUGUCGAAUUCUAAAAAUGAAGAAGAAUGGACGCCUAAGGGGAAUGCAUCAGCGGACGUAAAUACAAAUUCACCUACUGCUGGUGAGGUAUUCCACGAUUCAGAGAGUGCCUUUUCCAAAGGCAUGGGAUACUCUGAGAAAGGAUUGGAAGUACCUAGGCUUUCCGAGAGUAAAAUUAAAGAACCAAGUCUUGAUAUUAAUGGAAAUAGACAAGCAAAUAUACUUCCGGAAAAAGAAGAGAGCGAGUCUAUGGGCUUCAAGGAAACAUCGGAUUCGUUAGGAAAAGCCAAUCUCCUGUCACAAACCCCCUUUGAAGAAACAGAUAAAUUUGAAAUUAAACAUUCUUUGCAUAGCACUCCAAAAGAUCACAAACAUCUGGAUGAGCUUCCGGAAUUUUCAGCCUCUCCAUCUAAAUUUGUGGACGAUACGUCAAAUAGUCCAUUCGAUCCUCUCUCCCAAUCUUCUUUUCUGGCUCCUCUUACACCCAUGAAAACUAAACCUGCUCCACCGUCUAUUAAGCCUUCAGUUCCUCCGUGGGAACCAGUUGACUUCUCUAGCCUUUUAGAAACUCCUGCGAAUAAAUCUCCAGAAUCAGAGGAUCUCACGGAGGAAGAAUUAACUAUGACAGUAGAGCAUUGGAUUAAAUAUCAGUAUGCGAAAUGUGCUAAAGUUUUCGAAGAAGAAUGCGAACGUCAGAUUGAAUGGCUUCUGAAAGAAGGAAAGCGAGCGGAAGAUUACAUUCAAAAUCUUUAA